AUGGAUAUUAUAAAACUAGUCGGCAAAUACUUAAACAUACCUGUAGGUUCCCUAUGUUAUAAUACGGAUAAGACUAUCACAACAGUUUUGGAUAAAGAAAACGUGGAAGGAUUUGCGAGUAUAGUUCUCCGGUUAGCCUCAAAAAGUCGUCAAAAUGUGACCCAAGAACAAUUGCUCCUUAGUUAUCAAUGGCUAGAAUAUAUUGCUAUGUAUGGAAACCAAGCAUCUACUAGUCCAGUCUUUGCCAAAAAUUUUCUCCAGGGACUCAACAGAGCUUUGGAAAAGAAGACAUUUUUAACUGGAAAUCAACUUACAGUAACUGAUAUUGCUGUAUUCUAUUUUUUGCAGCCUCUUGUGGCAAAUCUAAAUGUACUGGAACAGGAGUCGCUUAUGCAUCUCUGCAGGUGGUGUAAACAUGUUCAGGCACAACCAAAAGUGUGUUCACACUGUGCUCCAUUACCACUCAAUACUUUGACACUGUCAAUACUUGCUCCUGCUGUACACUAA